GACAACCUUCUGCUACACCACAGCCAGAGAGGAGAGGAGAACGUUCAACCCUGAACCAAAGGACUCACUUCAGCUCCUUUUAAGACAACGCAACGCUUUCUUGACUGCAGAUAUCUUUGAUUCUGCUCUACUUAACAUGAAGACGUCCAAUCUUCCAGAGCGAGCUCUCUUUGUCUUUUUUUUUACAGCACAGGUGUUUGCAGUAGUCUGGUCCCAGGCAUGUCCACGGAGAUGCCAAUGCCCUAAGGAGCCCCCCAUGUGUCUCCCUGGAGUGCCCCUGAUCCUGGACGACUGUGCCUGCUGCCUGGUGUGCGCCCGUCAGAAAGGACAGGUCUGCUCUGAAAUGAACCCCUGUGACACACGUAAAGGGCUUCAGUGUGACUACACAGCUGACGUCCACAAGAGGACUGGCAUUUGUGCAGCUCAUGAGGGAGAUGUGUGUGUUUUGGACGGUUCUGUCUACCAGAACGGCCAGACCUUCUUCCCCAGCUGUAAGUACCAGUGUAUGUGUCGUGACGGACAGAUCGCCUGCUUGCCCCGCUGCAACUUGGAUGUGAUGCUGCCCGGCCCGGACUGCCCCAUGCCACGGAGGGUCCAGUUGCCCGGAGAGUGCUGCGAGACAUGGGUGUGUGAGCCCCAGCCUGAGGCCAGUGCACUGGGCGGGUUUGCCAUGGCUGCCUAUCGUCAGGAAGAGACCGUGAGCUUUGACAAUUGGGACCCCAGCCUGAACUGCAUUGAGCAGACCACAGAAUGGGGCGCCUGCUCUCGAACCUGUGGCAUGGGGUUGUCCACCAGAGUGACCAAUAAGAACCGUCGGUGUGAGAUGGUGAAGCAGAGCCGGCUGUGUAUGAUCAGACCCUGUAACGACCUGCAGGAUCAGACACAGCUGACACAGCUCGCACCAAAGCAGAGAGGCAGUAAGUGCCAGAGGAUGGUGAGGAGUGACAAAGCCGUGCACCUCUCCUAUAAGAACUGCACCAGUGUCCAGGCCUACAAGCCUCGAUACUGCGGCUCCUGCACAGACGGUCGCUGCUGUACUCCCCACAGAACCAAGACCGCCCUGGUGGAGUUCCAGUGUGCCAACGGUAAAACCGCCAGGAGGCCAGUCAUGGUGAUUCUGACCUGUGCUUGCCACAGCCACUGCCCCCGAGACAACGCUGUGUGGCAGCCCUCAGAGCUGGGAUACAGCAGCAUGAGGUUAUAGGUCAGAGAUAAUAGGUUAAUAGUUAAUAGGUCUAAGAUAAUAAUGAGUUUUCAGUGAACCAUAAAUCCAGGAAUUCCUUGAGUUGGGUUGAAGGACAGUAGCAUCCUCUUCUUCUCAAACAUGAGUUGCGUAAAUUCAGAAUUUUAGAUUCAAACAAGUCUGUCCCCAACAAAAUGUAUACAGUACGAUAGUCUUAAAACUGUAGAGUAUAAAGGCUUAUUAUGAUCAGAAUCAUUUUUAUAUUCAUAUAAUGGGAAUCUUCAAUUUUUGGCUGAAAUCAUAGAGAAUUAAAUAGCUCUAUAUUGGAUUUAAUCGUGUAACAUCCUGUGGACAAAUUAGUGUGAUCUUCACUAUUGCUUAGUAAAGCACUUAAUCCUUGUGAUGAAUUGAUUCUCUCCACUUCUGGAGAUCAGGUAGAGUACGAUACCAGCUAUUCACAAUGGACUUUGGUCAGACAGUGGUCUGUAAGUGCUCCUUGUACAUACUCUGAGACUGUGGAGGUUUACCUACAAAAGUCUCAAUACAAGAGGUCAGUUAGAAUGAAGGUGUACAGUCACAGGGUCAAACAGACAUGCAGCAGUGUCUUGGCUGCAUGUAGCCUCACAACCUGCUGGUUUGAUUGACACGUGGGUUGGUCAAUCAGGCAGAAUUUAGCAUUUUUUUAGGCAAAACAACAUGAAACCACAGUGGGUUUUUUUUUUCAUUCAACCUAAAUUAUGAGGAGGAAAGCUUUCGCAAUACAAUGUAGCCAAAAGCUUCAAGUACUGUACAUCGUCUAAUUUCAUCAUUUCCUUUACUGUGACACUUUUGACAUUUUAAUCUAGAAAAAAAAAAAACUUUAAUAAAAGGCAGUAGGAAAUCGAGUUCAAUAAGGCGAUCUGUUAUCUUUUCCUGGCACUACCAUGGAAAUUUUCCAACUAUGGGACACAUUUUUGAAAUAACUGGACUGUGACCUGGGCCCAACCAAAGGCUCAGCCUAUGAAAGAGAGUUCACUGUGGUGACUUAGUGUCAUUUCUAACAUCUGCCUGAAAUCUUGCUCCUGUUGCAAAAUGCAUAAUGCCUAUGUUCCCAUCAAAAAAUGCAAAUGUUUGUUUUUGUUGUUCUUGGUCUAGAAAGGAUAUUGUUACUCUUUUUUUAUUAAAAGUAGUGCACAUAAACAGCAGCUAUUUUUAUAAUGACAAAAGUUUUUGUGAAUACUUGCAGGAUAGCUUGUUUGAUUGAGUGUGUAUCAAAUACACAGCAUUGAUUGGUAACAGUGUAAACAUGUAUUGUAUAUAUUGGUAUAUGGUGUUUGUUUUCGUACUACUUGAAUUAUACUUCACACUGCUUGUUUCUGUAUCGGUCAGAACAAUACUGCAAAACUCUUCAUGAAUAAAUGUGUAUUUUUUGUAUCAAGGUUUGAUUCUUUUUAUUGUCAUUAAGUAAUAAAAUAUU